AUGUUGACAGCAAGGUUGCCGGAAACUGCCCCUUCAACUGCUAGUUCUUCAGUCGGUUCCGAUGUGGAACGUGAACUGGAGCUGGUAACAGAGAAGCAGCCUCAGGAUGGACCUUCCUUCCCAAUUGCAGCUGCACCACCUCCUCCACCUCGUACCAAGGCAGAGUCGACCAUGCCUCCUAUCCCCUCUCUUGGCCAUCUCUCUCUGGAUCAGAACUCACCGUCAGAAUCUGAAGGAGACGAUCAAGAAACGGUGGAGUCGAAGCCUCUGGAAGGCGUAGUAACCUGUGAGGGGUGCAGAGCAUGGGAAGAAAAGUUCAAUGCGAUGCAACUGGAGCACACGUCUGUGAACAAUAGACUGAGUGCCACCGUCGCGGAAUUGCACACAGUAAAGAAGUUGAACGAGGAGAUCGAACUUCGAUCGAAAGCCGAAAAAGACCUGUUCGAGGAGAGGACCGGCUCGUUUGAGCAGCGCAUCGACGAGAUGGGUCAGCGCUUGGACGCCCUCAUGAAGAGAUAUCAGGAGUACCGGAGGGCGACAGAGUCCGAAUUCAGUCGUCUUGAGAGGGAGCGUGAGGCCGCCCAAAUGGAGAUUAUGGAAAUCGAGGAGCACUAUCGCACGUUGCUGGGCAAGCGACGCAACGCCGCCGCCGAGAUGUCCGCUCCGAUUGACCUCCCUUCCAACAAGGAGGACCUCGAGCUCUACGCCCUCCAGAUGCGCGAGGACCUUCUGUCUACAAAUGUUUCUCGUGAGCAUCUCAUGCAACGUUUGGACUCCCAGAUCGCCAUUAACCGCGACCAAUUGCUCGAUGAGCGUCAGAGACGCAUGAAGGCUGAGGAGUCGAUGCGCCAACACAUGUGGGAAGCCAAUGAGCGCACAGCAGAGCUUAUGCGGGCCAACGAGGUGGCUUCACAGGCUGCUGCUGCUAGAGAGGCUGCUGAACGGGCUGCUGAGAAGGCCUCCAUGGAGGCAAAGCAAUGUCGGUGGCUGACCAGGUUCGAAAGCCUAUCGCAUUUAUUGCGCUCCUGGGGGUCAUUUUCACCCAUCUUGCUGCUGGUUGGUUGGUUGUCGGCGGGUCAGCCGACCUUUUUCGGCGGCAGCUUCUGUGCCAGCACGCACCCAGCUCCCACUCGAAGGUGUCGCCCUCACGCCUUUGAUGCUCGCCUGCGAGGUCACAUGCUGCCGCCGCUCACUCAAGUGGCGGUUGUGUUUUUAACAGGUGCUUUGAUCGGCAAAAGCCACUCCACCGGGGCAAUUACCGACUGCCGCGCCACCUCACUCGUGUCUCUCACCAAAUUGCAGGAGACAGCUGAGUCGCUACGACGCGCAACCGAGGAGGUGGCGCAGCUGCGAUCUCGCGUGGUCAGCCUUCAGUGCGACCUCGAGACCUCUGAGAAGGUUUCGAAGGACUUUGUCCAGUUGGAGAAGCAGCGUGAGCAGACCCAUGAGUUGCGUUGGCAGGAUCCGGAGGAUGUGAGCAACUGCUCGGGGUGCAAAGCGGCUUUCCCAAGCGGGGCCGCAGGCCUUCAGACCAAGCUAAACUGUCGUCACUGCGGCAGCAUCUUCUGUUCCCAGUGCUGCUCCAAACUCAUUCCCCCCUCGGGCAACCGGUCGAAGCCAGCGCCCGUCUGUGAUAUGUGCCACACCCUUCUUGUCAAGGACGCCGCUCCCUACUUCUCCACGGGCGAUUUCUCACGAGAUAGCGAAGACAAACCUGGGGAUCCGAUCCCUUCCCGGGGCCCCCCAAGGUCCAUCGUCCAAACUCUCCGAAGAGACCAAUAA